CUCCAAGAAAGCAAAACUUGAAGGAGAAGAAGUAGCCAAAGAAGAAUUCCAAAUACACUCAAAAGAUUGAUUUGCGAUCGUAUUCCAGAAAACAUUGAAUCUUCAAAUUUGGUUGAAAGAAUGAAUCCGUUGAACCUAGCCAGCACAAGCUCACCCCCUCCUGUUGCUAAUGAUCUCUUGGCGAAGCGAAAGAGAGGUCGUCCACGCAAAGAUGAACAAGAAAAUGCUUGUGUGACUCCAAAUCUUGACGUUGAUCUGGUUGGCAAGACUGUUUCUGGUGUGGUCGCAGGAUCUUUCGAUGCAGGAUACAUUCUCAACUUCAAGGUUGACGACAGUGACACUAAACUGAGAGGUAUCGUGUUCGCACGGGGGAAAGUUAUGCCGGUGACUCCAUCUAACGACGUAGCUCCUAAUGUUAAAAUGUUCACAAAAGAAGAAACCAAGAACCAAAGUGAUGAUGAUCAGUCUCUACCUCCUAAUGAUGAAACAAUGAAAGAUGUUUUCACUGACUUGGAGAUUUCUGAACCUGCUCGAGCUUUGUCUUUAAUGUCCAAGGAGAGCAAUGGCGAAGCUGCGACUCGUCUGGUGGAGUUUUUUUCAGCUCCAGAGACGAAGACGAUUGUGACUGGUCAAGAGAACCUUAUCUUGGCACAGAAAGAGCAAGAGAAAUCACCUGGUGUGGGUUGUGGGUUCGAUCUUAUGGCGGAGGAAUCGGUUUGUAUAGGAGAGAAAGUGCCGCAGGGGCUUCAGCUACAGCUUGGGAACAAGAGUAUAUUGAGCGGAGACAACAACAACAAGAACAACAAUGGCACCGAAAUGGAGACAGAUCCUAAAAGCUCUGUGUCCAAGACUGGACUGAUAGCGAAGUUGUUUGAGGGAGAACACAAGAAGGUGGACUGUGCCAUGGAAGAAGAAGCAUCUCCAUCAAUUCAGUAGUUAAGAGUUAAUACUCGCCAAUAUAUUUAUGUUUCAGUUCUUUGUUUAAGAGCAUGAUUAAAAGAAUGAUUAAUGGAGGGGUAUUAAGGUGGGAUUUUUAGCGAAAUAUAAGAAUCCGUUUCUUAAUUUUUAACUAAAAAAUGGUAACCAAGGGAACGAAGAGGAACACUGCAUUCCUUAAUGUUCCUCAAAAAUGUUACCAUUCGUGAGGAAUAGUUUUUCCUCUUCAUUCAUUCUCAUUCUCUUUUUUGUAGAGAAUUAUAAUGCAAAUUUGUUCCUUGUUAAUUUUGAUAAGGAACCCUCGUUCCUCAUUGUUCCCAAAAUUUUAUUCCUAUUCAUUCUUUUCCUAA